UGUAAUCAGCUGCAGGAUUUAUCGUUACAAAACAAAAAAAACCCGCAGCUGUGUAAAGUACGGCUCGUGGUGAAGCAGCUGUAUUUCCAAAAUUGACAACCUGCUCGUAUGGAUAGCUUAUCUUUUCUUUUCUUUUCUGAUAAAAACUAAACCAUUUGAAACUAAUAACUAUUACUAUUUACAUUUCAUAUUUUUGUUUGAAAUUCAAGCACAUGUAACAUGUUGCUUUUUACUUUUUAACAUUUUUUUUUAAACAGUUUUUAUUAGUUUUAUUUAUUUAAAGUAUCAUCAUAUAAAUAGGUAUAGCAAUUUUAAUUUUUAUACUUCCCUGCUCAAGUUUUUCAAAGAGUCCUAAUUCAUAAAUAAAUAUAUUUAAAAUGGAUUUUUGCCAUACUCACGAAGAGAAUAAUGAAGAAGAGAAAAGGAGUUUCCAAAGAAUAAUAAGAGCAUUUAUGUUUUACAAGUAACAAUAGCUUGUUAUUAACUUGUGUAUAUCUACUUCCCUAUUUUAUUGAUAAUGGGAAUUAUUACAAAGAGUAGCUAACCAAUAAUUAAUUUUUUUUUUUUAUAAAAUCAGCAUAUAUAUUUAUAUAAUUAAACCUCAUGCAACUUUUGUUUGGUCAAUUUGUUCUUGGUAAAAUCAAUAAAUAAACAGACAAUUUAAAUUUUAUCAAAAGUACAUGUAUUUAGGAUUUGUUCAUCUUAUAGCGAUAUUAGAUAUUUUUUAUAAAAGUACACUUAAUAAAAGUCACUCUAUUCAUGGUGGACGAUUUUCCCUAAAAAUAGAAAAUGUUUUUUUUUAUGUAUAUGCUAUGGAUAAAGUAUGUAUUACAUACUGUAUUCAUUAUCCCAAUAAAGUGAACCUAUUGAAUAAAGUAAAAAUAUUUUAAAACGUUUAUUUUGUGUAAUUUAUUUGGGGUAUUUGUAAAUUAUCUACCACUGAGAAGAUAAAAUUCAUACUUUAAUAAAAUAAUGAUUGUAGAUAAUUGUUUAUUAAGUAUUAAUAUUGAUAAAAUUUAUUAUAAUUUUCAUGUAAUUUAAUAGUUGUCAUUUCAUAAAUUAUUAUUCUUUAAUAUUAUUAUGGUUUGGUUUUUACUACUGAAAAGAAUCUGUAGGUACAAUUGAACUACUUUUCAAUUGAAGUACGUAGUACAUAAAUGGUGUCGCACUGACAUUGCCAUUUUACGAUUAUAAUUUAUUAUUGUACUUAUUUAAGGUGAAUAAUGUAUAUAUUAUGCUGUUCAUAUGGAUAAGAUAUAGAUUACCUGAGAUAAUAUGUACGCUACUCAUUAUGUACUUUUAUUCGUAACAUAUAUAUAAUACAGUCAAUGUGGUUCUGCUUGGGUAAUACAAAGUGUAAAUAAAAAAAAUUUUUUUACAUAAAGUGUGUAAAUUUAUAUGUUUAAUAGUAUACAUUUUUUUUUUAUUAUAUGUGAAUUGCUAUAUUUUUUACAAAGGAAAAAAUACAUUUUUUUCAUUACAAUUAUUGGUGCUUCAGAUUCUUCUCUCCUCAUUAUAUACCCAAACGGUCACAGUUUAUUUUGUCUACUAUCAAAGCCACACUUAAGCUACCUCUUUAUACACAUAUUGCAUAUUCUAUCUUUCCACGCUACCACUUAUCCACCUAAGCACUUUUAGCUCUGCUCAUUCUCUGUUCUAUUUUAUGCCCAUUACAACAGACGAUACAAUAUAGAUAAUCUCACAGUCACCACACUUAUAAAACUUAACUAACUAAAAAGAUUAUUUAAAUUGAUAAUAAGGUUGAAUCAAAUUCGUAUUUUCAUCAAUAUAUGAAAACAACCAAUGUAUGUAAGGUGGGAAAUCAAAUCAAGUAGAAGUUUAAGGCGAGGGUACCAAAAUCCAAAGAGUUUUAAUGAAUCCGUAGAAAAAGAAGAAUCAAAUUUGUUUUGUUAUGUGUGAUAGUCCACAUUGGCCAUAACAUGUACAAGGUGUUUAAAAAUUUAUAUUACAGUUAUUUUAACAUCUAAACAUUUUUUUUUUGGGGAGUUGGUGGUCAACUUUUAAAAUUGAAAUGGGGUAUUAUAGUAUCCAAAAUACCAAAAAUAGAUGAAGUUUUAGUUUAAAUAAAUUUUGGUGUUAAGAUGUUUGAUUUCCGUUAAACCAUUGACGAGAUUUUCUACUUUUUAGUUCGGGUAGGGUGAGAGUAUGGAACACAAUUCCAACAAAGCCGUGCUGUGCUACCACACAAGUGUAUUUGACAAAUUUAGCUAUUGACAGGAGUUUUAGGUACAAUACUUUUUGGUGCAUCUAGGGAGUACCUAGAAAUAUAAAUUAACAAAAAAAAACAAAUAAAUAUGUACAUACAUUUAUUUUAUUGUUAUAUUUUAGAUUCUAAGUGGAACAAAGAAGCUUAUGGUUUAACAAUAGUUAUUUUUUUUUUAUCUGUAAACAACUUUUCCAAAAGAAAUUUUGCUCUAAUUCACAAGUGUAGUACUUUUUUUGAAAGAAAAGUUGACUGAGGAGAUACGUAGGUCGUUUUUUUGAUUUUCUGAUAAAUUUUCCCUAUAUAUUUGAAAAACAGGUAAAAUGUACGAAUGUAUAGUAAAAUAUUAUGGCCUUUUGUUUUCCUGUGGACAACUUUUCUACCAGCAAUUUUGCUCCAAUUUAUGGUACACUUUUUCUGAAAAGAAAUUUGACUGAGAAGGCACUUAAUUUUUUUGAUUUUUCUCAGUAUAUUGAAAAAAACAGGAGAGCGGGAAAAUAGUUAAAAUAUUAUUAAAGAAAAGGUUUAAUGCAUAUUUAAUUAUCUUUCUACAAUUUACAUAUAUAUUGUUAACAAAGCAACACUAUCAACUGAAUACCACUCAGAAUCGUUUUUCGUUAGCAAUGGUUUAUUGUUGCUUACAGAUAUACAUUAAAUUUUUGUUUGUAUCUUAUCUUCCCAACUUUUCAUCUACAACAAUGACUGCACCGAAGUGCGAAGUAUGUCCGCCUCUUUUGAGGAUUGAAGUCAAAAACAAUUUUGGCUCUUUAAAUUAGUAGAUUACCCAUUUUAAAUAUAUGUCUUUAAAAUCAAAAUUACACCUUUUAAUAACUUUCUGGUAUUAUUUACAAUUAUUUUAUUAGAGUAAUACAACAUUGAACAUAUUGUCAAAUAUCUAUCCUAAUUAUAUAGUAACUCUUGGUGCAACAUAAUAGAGUAUUAGACAUGUAGCAGAUACCUACUGGAAGCAUAAAUUGGGAAAAAUUUUCCUUGUAUUUAACAGAAAACAAUUACUUUUAUAACUGAUUCAAUUUCCAGGUACUUACAAUUUAUGUGGAACUACCCACUUCAUACAAAAAUUAACUAGACAACCAUUACAUACGUAUUUUGAGUCUGUUAGAUUUAAUAUGUUAAUUUAUAACAGAAAUUAUAUAAAUUGUAUACAAUAGUCCAAUCACUAUAUUAAAAUAGUUGUACUAUAAUUUCAGCGUUCACAAUACUGUAUCUUGUCUCUUGAGAAGUUUUUUUAAGAAUGGAAAUUUAUUUUAUUUGAUUAAAUGUUUUUUUAAAAUCAAGAAUGAAUUUUUUAAGUAUGUACUUAAAGUUAUCUAAAUGAUUACUGUUUUUAUUAGUUUAUGUUUACUUGUAGGUCGUAAAAUAAUCAAAAACCUAUGUGUUUGGAAAUAAUGUAUUCAUAAAUUCAUUCAGUUUUAAGGAAUAGUAAAUACCAAUACCAAUUAUCUGAUUUAUAUUGGAAUGUGAAUACAAAAUUUCCAUUGCAUUAACUAAUGAUCAAAUUCCAAAAAUAAAAUAAAUAUUUUCUCUUUAAUCAUAGUCUGUAUCAAAAAUCAAGUAGUAUCAAUGUUUUAAGUAAAUUUAUAAUCUCACUCACUCAGGGGUUUUGCAGCUACUUCCUAUAUAGUUGGUGUUCUUUUACAAUAAUUAAGUUAGGCAAAAGGAAUAAUAUAUUAUUUCUGGAAUGUUUUCUUAAUGUUAAUGAAUGCAUUCAUCAUGGAAAUAAUUAAUGAUUCAUUACUUUUUUCAAUUCGGGAAUAUUAAUAAAAAAUACAUUUUUUAAACCCUACAAAGAGCUUAUAAUCUUUAAACAAAAGUACAACAAAUGGAAAGCUCAGUUUUAUUGAAGUUUAUAAUUCUACAUAAUAUGUGUAAUUCUUAAAUGUGAAUACUAAUAAUAAAAUAUGUUAGAUACUGAGCAUUGGUGCACAUUCAGUUUAAAACUUAGGAAUGCUAAAAUUAUUUACAAUAGGUUAUCACGGGAGGGCACCACAACCCCAACCUAUUCAACAUUUCAAAAUAAAAUUAUUUAUUACUUAUACAUUAAAAAACCAAAAUUGAAAUGAUGAGAUCCGAUUUUCAAUAAUGAAUCAUUGCGUAAUAAAAAACCAUUAAAAAGGGAUAGAUACCUUCUUAAAAAUAUGAAAACAAUUAACAAAAACUAACAUUAUAAUAUGAUAUUAAUAAUUAUUAAUAUAUUUUAUAUUUUAUCAAUACACAUUAGUAUAAUAAUAAUUAUUUAUCUCAUAUCUGAAUACUAUUUGAUUAUUAUAUUUAUGUGCUGGAUUAAUAAAAGACAUUUAGAAAAGAAAACAAUUGUAUUGAGGAAAACAGUGUUAAUAUAUCCUAUACUAAAAAAAUAGGACAAUUGUGAUGAUUUACAGAAGCAUCAUUCUAUUAAAGAUUACUUAUAAAGUUCUAUCUAAGUGUGUAUAUCAUGCAGAAAUAAACUGUGGGUAGAAACCAUUUUUAGAGAUAAUCAAGUGGGUUUUAGAAAACUGAUAUACUACAAAUAAGAUAUUUAAUUUUAAGCAAGUUUUCCAGAUAAUGUGAGAGUUUAACUACAAAGUUUUUGUUAUAUUUGUAAUAUUUAUCAAUUUUAAGAAGAUAUACAUAUUAUUGUAUACACAGAAAAUCUCUCUUGAAUAUAUAAAGACAGUUUAAACUACAUGAAAUUUUAAUUCACUAAUAUUAAUUUAUUGUUCAUGUGAUAUGCCCUACUCGGCAUAGUUUUUAACUGGAAAAAAAUAUUUCUAAUUUAUGGAAUAAAAAAAGAACUAAACAUUUAAAUUAUUAAUAGUUUUUUUUUUUUUUAUUGUUUAAAAUCUUAAAUUAUUAUUUUCAUAUCCUUAAUGUUAAAUACUGAUUAUAAACCUACUCACUAUAACAAAUAUGAAAAUAUAUUGGUGUCUAAUUGUUAUUAAACGAACUAUUGCUAAAUGUGUAAUACAUUACUACUACAUAUUUUUAUAUAAUAAAAAAAUAUGGCCUUUUUUUUAUAAUUUUUAAUGAAAAAAAUAAACCAAAUUUACUUUAAACUUUUUGUAUACAAAUAUUUUAUUUUAUUUAUUUAAAUUAACUAAAUGAUUAUGUUAUAAUUGCACUAAGUAUUAUUAAUUUUAGUUUUAAAAUAAUAGUAACAUAUUUCUUUCAGAACUCAUUCUUUGAGCAGGCUCACCAAGACUAUUCACUACUUGAGAUCAUUACCAGAACAACAUCAAAGACUUUUAACAAACUAUAGUAACAGUUUGGAGACUAUACGAAAUUGCAUAGAUUAUAACUAUAAUGUUAUAUUGGGAAUGGUUCAAGAUAGUGCAUAUCUAUUUGAAAAUCAAAAUACUCCCAGUCUGGAUGGUUGGGUAAUGAUGAAAAUUUAUUAAUUUGUCUUACUUGUGAUUCUUUAGAAACAUUUACCAAUUGGUUAUAGCAUUCAACUGAUGAGGUCAACAAGCCAAUUGAAACUGACCUAGAAAAAGUUGAAUCUACUUUAAAACAGUUGGUUCGAGAUUGGAGCAUUGAAGGUAUUGAGGAGCGUAAAACCUGUUAUAAACCUAUAAUUGAUGAAAUUUUAAAAGAGUUCCCAUUGAAAAGGUAUGUUUUAAAUAAUUUAAAAAUUGUUCAACAUUUUGUUAAACACAAAAUUGUUGUUAUAGUGUUUCAGCAUCAGACAUUAAAAUUUUGGUACCCGGUGCAGGUCUUGGAAGACUAGUCUUUGAAAUUGCAAAAUUAGGUUACACUAGUCAAGGAAAUGAGUUUUCUGUGUUCAUGUUAAUAGCAUCAAAUUUUGUAUUAAACAAGUAAUAAUUGUUUAGCCAUUAUAUUAUUAUUAAGUUGCUUUAUUUUUACUAUACUUUGUAGAUGCAGGGGUGUUAAUACUCAUGUUCUUUUCCCGUGGAUUCAUCAGUGUGACAAUAAUUUGGAAACAAAACACCAAACUCAAUGUAUUACAUUUCCUGAUAUCAAUCCAGCUAAAGAGUUUCCAGAAAAUGCAAGUAUAUCAAUGGUUGCUGGAGAUUUUUUACAAGUAUUUACUUUCUCUAUUAAAAUGUGUUGUUUUGUUACCUUGUUCUUUAUAAUAUAUUUACAUGAUUAUAGGUUUACACAAAUAAAGAUGAAUGGAAUUGCAUUGCCACUUGUUUUUUUAUCGAUUGUGCUAACAAUAUAGUUGCAUUCAUUGAAACUAUAUAUAAAAUACUUAAACCUGGUGGAAUAUGGAUCAAUUUGGGGCCAUUAUUAUAUCAUUACAGUAAUAUGUUUGAUCAAAACUCUAUUGAACCGAGUUAUGAAGUUAUAAAAGAAGUAAUUAAAGGAAUUGGUUUUCAAUUUGAAGUAAGUGUCAUUUAUGUCUAAUAACAAAUUAUAGAACAGUUAUCAAAACAUGUAUCUAUUUUUUUAGAAAGAAAUACUGAAUGUUCCCACCAAAUAUUCACAAAAUCCACAUUCUAUGCUACAAUAUGAGUAUAAAAGUGUUUAUUUUGUAUGUCGUAAACCAAAAUUUAAUUUGUCAGUUAUGUAUUCUGCUACUGAAAAUGGACUCAAUUACCCGACUGAAGAUGAAGAAGAAGAAGAAGAGAAAGACGAUGAAAUUGACACAAGAAACUUUACUAGUGAUAUUGAUGAUCACUACGCAUGAACAAUUGAACAUUCAAUUGAUAAAGACUUCAUUUUUUAAUUUUAAGUUAUUUGUGAUGAUAAUGGUAAUAUGGUAAUAAUAUAUUACAACAUUUUGGUAACCUAAAACAAAAAUAAUUUGAAUCUCAAUCGAUAAAUGUAGUUCAGGUAUAUAUCUGAAAUUGAAAUACAAAAAUUCAUUUUGUAAUUUAAAACAAUUAUUCAUUAUGUUUUUUUUCUGGUUAAUUAUAACGUAUAAGAAAUGAAUAUCUAUUAAUGAGUUGUUUAUAACAACAAUCAUGUAUAAUUUUACAACAAAAAAAAUUUAAAACAACAUUUGUUUAUAAAAUCAAAAACUGCAUUGUAAUAGUUACCCAAAAUAACUACUUUAUCUAAAGAUAGAUAUAGUUAAUAAUUUGUUUAUAUAUAUACACAUAAUUUUAUAGUAUAAGAAUUAUUUAUACAAAAACUAAUAUUUAAAUGAACUUUUAAUAAUUGUACAUUAUCAUACAAAACAAAAGUAUAACUUAAUGCAAGUAUUUAAAAAAAAAAAAAUCGGGAAUUUUAUUUUUUAUGCACAUAAAAAUAAUAAAAUAAAAAGUAUGAAAAUAUUUUAUUUUAUAAUCUAAUACAUGUAUGUAUAGAAUAAACAAAAAAUGGAGCUUAUACUUAUAUUAACUGAAAAGAAAAACAAUUAAAAUAUUAAUUAAGAAAAAUAUACUAUUUGUAUUUUGUAUGUAUAUUAUUAAAAAACAUAUCUACUUUUUCAUCUGGAUUCUGCUUUAUGUUUGGGUGGCUUAAAAAUUUUGAUUUUUUUACUUGACUUUUUUGUUGAUUCCUGAAAUGCUUUCCAACUGUUCACUCUACUUUCCCUGGACUCCUAUAUUUAUAAAUUAAAAAAAC